CACAUCACACCGAAGACUCCACCCGGCCCCAGCCCACCGUCAUUCGGGUCCACUGCGAUUCCUCCACAUGCAGCCGAGCUGCGAACCUCGAAGAAAUAUGUGCAUGAAUCCAUGGUACCCACGAAGGAAGUUGUGGCCGUGUUUGCCGGUGCAUCACGGUCGCAGAGGAAGGACAUGAUGGUGGAUUUGGUGCGCGCGGAGGAGUUCUUGCUGGCGGUGUUCCAAUCACCGGGGCAUGGGGAGCCAUUCGUAUAGUUGAGGACAAGCUUGCGACCCCUAAAGAAGGGUUCGGAAGCUUGCUCACUGUGGGAAAGCGAGGAGAAUGUUAGCUUCUAGCGGGCCUACCGACCGAAUACAGAGCAUCUUACCCUAUCGAGUAUAUCUUCCCCGCUUGCUCGUAAUAUGCGCUGACAUUCUUCCACCGCGAAGACUCUACCCCAACGACAUCCUCGAUAUCUUCAAUGACCGGCGCGCAGACGUUCACGGUGAAAUUCGCGGGGUAGUCGUGCCCUUUGGCGUGCCAGCUUUCUUCCCUCGCAUCCUUCUCGACCUUCUUGCCGUUCUUCAUUUGCGGUGGCGAUAGCGAGAUCGCAUUGAGAUCAAAGUAGAGGCCGCUCGUUGGUGAGCGAGCUACACAAGGGGCGUCAUCGUUGAGGUGAGAGUUAUGAUCCGAGGCAGCGUUGGCGAGACCCGAGAUGGCGGCCCAGAAGAGGAGCGAAUAAUGAGCGGAACUGGACAGCUUCAUGGCUGUGGGUGUAGGGUCACCAAGGACCGGAUAAAAACGGAAGAGGAAAUAAACGAGCGUUGAGAGUUUCUGUCAAGAGGCCAGCUCUCUGGUUUGUGGAUGAUGUUGAGUACAAUCUGAUUGGCAACCAACGGCCAGCGAGUCGAUGCGGAGAAGUGACCCGCGGGCGCCGGCGGGUUCACGGGAUCCGGUAUCGUACGCGCUUGUGGCCAAGCUUCCACAGCUUCCACCGAUUCCAAGGGUCUAUAUAAUUCGGCCUAUCACCCCGCCCCGAUUACCAGGCUAGCCCCCAAUUGCUCAGUUCCACUCUGGUUGUCCUCUGCGGUUCUCACUAUGGCGCCCAAAAAGGCUGAGAAGCCUCAGAUCCCAAUCCAACCUGUCCCAGAAAAACGCGGCUACGAAUUUUGUGGGCCUCCAGGAGCCUUCGCAAUCGUCUUCGGUCUCCCUCUUCUCGUCUAUACAUUCACCUUCCUUUGCAAUGAUGUGACGGGGUGUCCCGCGCCUUCGCUCCUGAGCCCCUCGACCCUGACCCUCGACCAGCUCAAGCGUGACGUGGGAUGGCCCGAAGAAGGCAUUCUUGGGCUCUAUGAUACUCGGGUUACACUGUGGACGCUGAGCUACUAUGCUUUCAGUCUGUUCUUGCAGGUCUUCCUGCCUGGUCAGGAGGCGGACGGCGUGCCCCUGGCAUGCGGUGGAAGACUGAAGUACAAGUUCAAUGCAUUCAAGUCCGCAAUCAUCAUCCUCUCUGGCCUGGCUACGGGUACCUACAUGUACGGCGCUGAUUUCGUGGUGUGGACAUUCCUGUGGGAGAACUAUGUACAGGUCAUCACCGCGAACCUCUUGAUUUCUUCAUCGGUUGCGCUUUUCGUCUACCUGAAGAGCUUCACAGUUCCUCAACCCGGCAAGCCCAACCAAGAGCUCCGCGAACUGGCACCCGGUGGUCACACUGGCAACCUCUUGUACGACUUCUUCAUUGGCCGGGAACUCAACCCUCGAAUUCGUCUCCCAAUCCCAUUCGUCAGCGAGGUAUCGCGGACAAUUGAUAUCAAGGUGUUCAUGGAGAUGCGCCCCGGUCUGCUCGGUUGGACUAUUCUGAACCUCUCCAAUGUGGCUCAUCAGUAUCGGACCUACGGCUACGUGACUGAUUCCAUCGUUCUGGUCACUAUCUUCCAAGGCUUCUACAUCCUGGACGCGCUGUACAUGGAGCCUGCGAUUUUGACCACAAUGGACGUGAUCAUGGACGGCUUCGGAUUCAUGUUGUCCUUCGGUGACGUUGUCUGGGUUCCCCACAUCUACAGCAUCCAGAGCCGCUAUCUCGCCGUCUUCCCCCUUGAGCUUGGCUGGAGUGGAAUUGCCCUCGUCUUGGGAGCCAGCGCUGUUGGAUAUUCGAUCUUCCGCGGUGCCAACAACCAGAAGAACCGCUUCCGCACGGAUCCCAAUGACCCCCGUGUGAAGGACAUCAAGUUCAUCGAGACUGCCAGUGGCUCGAAGCUGAUGGUUUCCGGCUGGUGGGGUCUGGCUCGGCACAUCAACUACCUGGGUGACUGGAUCAUGUCGUGGUCCUACUGCCUGCCUACUGGCAUUGCCGGAUAUGCUAUCAUCGAAAGCAUCAACCCCGCCAGCGGUGUCCUCCAGAAGCAGGCUGUGCAGACCCCCGAGGCUCGCGGUUGGGGUAUGAUUUUCACCUACUUCUACAUGCUGUACUUCGGAGUCUUGUUGGUUCACCGCGAGAUGCGCGACGAGGAGAAGUGCAAGAAGAAGUACGGCGCUGAUUGGGACCGCUAUACCUCAAUGGUCCGCAGUCGCAUCAUCCCGGGUAUCUACUAGACAGUCUAAUUUGGAUAGUUUGCCCAGGGAAAAUUUCCUGUAUUUGUUUGUAUGACUUUACAUGAAUUGGAGGGAGACAGGAAGGUCGGAUUGUAUUCCAUAUUGACCGUGAAAUGGCAUCGUUGGUGGGCUCGUUCCUUCAAAAAAGUGUACAUUAUGAAUGGCCUUUUCUACGUUUAUUGGCCUGGGGAGGCCAGAAAAGUUUCCGCAUACGUGAAGCCGGCUUAUCACGCGUUAUUCAAUUAAUUGUAAUAUUUUUUCGUCAUUGACUUCUGUCAACCCCUACGCUUUUUGGGAUCAACUAGAACAUCUAGGCUCCAGCUUUCAUCCCCCGUAUUCGGCACCCACCCCUUGAGGACCAGUUUAGCAUCGUGAAUCGCUUCAUGACGAAUAUGAAGAGGAUCUGUGAUAUCGCCUCCGGUCUGCUUGAACUCUUCGUAUGUGCUCGCAUCCUUGAUAGGGAGGGAUAUCUCAUUGUCAUAUAUACGGGUUUGAGCCCUCUCAAGUUCACGGAGGCACUCUUUUGAUCGAAGGAUAUUUCGAAGAAGACCCCAUAGCUUAGCGCGAGAUAGCGAUGACGCCCCUCGUGCCGUAGGAGUAGUGAGUCUGUUACCCUGCUUAACGCCAUUGAUAAUCGUCUCAUAUAGACCGGUCUUUGAACCUCCCAGGGUCGGUAGCGUCUUACUACCAGUGUCCAAUCUCAUCACACAAGGAUGUGGCAGUGAGGACGUGGCCGUCCAUACGGAGCUGACGUUACCCGGCUUGCUCUUUUUGAGAGGGACGGUAGAGUCGGUGCUAUCACUUUGCUGCUCUGAUGGUAGCACAGAGCGGGAUUUGACAGCCUUUGGUUUCGCAAAUGGCCAAAGCAAUUCAACUUCCUCAGCAGGAACCGAGAGUACCUCGAAUGGUCGAAAUCGAUAUCCAAUCUCUCUUCCAUCGCGCUCUGUAUUUAUCGGCCAUGAUCGACCCGCCAACGCCUUCAUGCGGCCAUUCUCCCCG